ACUGAUUAUGAUACAUGUGUAGCUAUGGAACUAUUUAAAGUGAAUUUAAACAAUUGAUUAAUUUGUGUGUUUUAUUAUAUUUUAUCGACUUUAUUAACAACAGUUAAUGUUUUUCCAAAUAUUAGUACAAAUAUAUACAGUUACAAUUAAUAUUUAAAGAAAAAUUAUUCAAGAAUUAUUGUAAUGAAGACACACGUGAAGAUACCAGAUCACAUGUUGCUCCACCCACAUGCUGCAGAGGACAAUGUUGAUGGACACGGUGAUGCUCCGCAAUACUACUUUUUGCCCGAGUCCAGGAUACCAGUCAAACAUUCUAGUAUGGUGGAGCCUAGGAGACCAGACAUACACUCCAGUGUGGCCGAGCCCAGGAGAUCAGACAGACACUUCAGUGUGGCCGAGCCCUUGAGACAAUACAGACACUCCAGUGCCAUUGAACCCAUGAGACCAGGAGGACUUUUCAGUGUUGCCGAGCCCAAGAGACCAGACAGACACUCAAGUUUGAUCGAGCCCUUGAUACAAUACAGACACUCCAGUGCAGCCAAGUCCAGGAGACCAGAAUGGCACUCCAAGGCUCAGAGGCGCAGGCAUUCUAAGCCACUUCCCCUCAUUGAUCUCUCUGAAGACCUCGACAGCUUCCUCAGCCUGUACGACGACGAAGCAAAACACCGCGGACAGGAUCAAGCCCGCGUGCCGUACGCCUCCCUCCAGCAGUUCGUGCCAAGGCACCCCGCGAGGCCUAGGAGGCGGGGCUUCUCGGCGCCACUCACCGUCCCGACCGGCAUCCCCCUGCCUCGACUCCCGAGGAAGCUCGCGCGCCGCUCGGAGAUACCUCUGAGGCGAGGCCGGCCGGUGUUCUUGCAGGCUGCGGACCAGGAAAUGGAGGAGAGUGCUCCUGGCGCUGGAGGUCGGGAGGGCCGCUGCGACUAUUUGAAAUAUUCGGCUGAAGCGGCAGAAAAUGAGGACUCUCAACAGUUGGCACAUAGUAUCGCCAGCAAUGUGUCUGUCGAUGAAAUGAUGCCUUUGAUUCCAAGCAGGAUUCUGAAACACUCCAAACGUGCGAUAAGACGCUCCAAUCCCGCUCUCAUUGCGCAGUGGCUGCCCAGACCUAGACGUAGCAAGAGAGAACCCAAGUCACCGAGGAAAUCAGACGUGAACAGAACAGAGUCAGAAGUAAAGCAUGGGUUGCCCAAAGACCUUGACAAGGGGGACCUUGCACAUGAUCACAUCUUGGAGCAAGAGGGAACACAACAGCAAGAGUUGGUGACUGACAGCGAAGCUGGAGACUUACAGAGCAUUGGUUCGUUUGUGGACACUAUUGCUGACCAGAUUUUAAGUUUUGGACAGGAAGACAAGGGGUCGGCCUCGCGGAGCUCGAGCUACGUGCAGCUGGACGUGAGGCAGCUCAUCGAUGCGAUGAGCAGCAGCUCUAGCACCAACCUAGACCCGGGGCUGUGCAUGAAGCUGACCCGAACCCUCACCGACAAGCUGGUGACCCUGGAUGCGCCGGCCUGCCAGGGCUGCGUCAUUAUCCCAGAUGAACCAAAAUACAUCACGACUCUGAAACAACUCCAGAAAGUUCACCUGAAGCACAUUCAACGAGAAAUAAAGGGGCUGCUGGAACUUUACAAGUAUGUGGAAGACCAUAGCCAUGCGUUCACUCUUUCCAGUUUAUUUCAAGAGUGAUAUAUAAAUUUGAGGAAGACUUCACUUUCUUGGACCACACACAAUUCUUUAAAAUAUCUGUUGGCUUCGUUUUAUUUUAGUUACCAUAUCUCACAAAUUUGUCCGUAAAUACGUUUGAUUUUUGUUUUCACAUGUAUAAUCUAAUAAAAUGUUGCUACUGUAGCACCAAA